UCAGAGGUGACGUUGCGGAGCGCCGCUUGUAGCAGAAACUGGUGCUCUAAUACGAAGCAGGUCCUUGCUGUCCUCGCAGCCGCAAGUCUGUACCGAGCGCCAUGACCCAGCCGCCGCCCGAUGUCAGUGAGGACGACUGUCUUCCUGAGUACCAACAUCUCUUUUGCCCCGACCUGCUCCGGGACAAAGUUGCCUUCAUCACAGGUGGUGGGUCUGGGAUCGGCUUCCGGAUUGCGGAGAUUUUCAUGCGGCAUGGCUGCCACACGGUCAUCGCCAGCAGAAGCCUUCCAAGAGUGUCGAUGGCUGCCAGAAAGCUGGCUGCUGCCACUGGCCAGCGGUGCCUCCCUUUAUCUAUGGAUGUCCGAGCUCCCCCAGCCAUCAAGGCUGCCGUGGACCAGGCACUGAAGGAGUUUGGGAAAAUCGACAUUCUCAUAAACUGUGCUGCUGGAAACUUCCUGUGCCCGGCCAGCACAUUGUCCUUCAAUGCCUUCAAGGCUGUGAUGGACAUCGAUACCUUGGGCACAUUCAAUGUGUCUCACGUGCUCUAUGAGAAGUUCUUCCGGGAUCAUGGAGGAGUAAUCGUGAACAUCACUGCAACCCUGGGUACCCGGGGACAGGUGCUCCAAAUGCACGCAGGCUCUGCCAAAGCGGCUGUGGAUGCAAUGACCCGGCACUUGGCUGUGGAGUGGGGUCCCCAGAACAUUCGAGUCAACAGCCUUGCCCCUGGUCCUAUCAGUGGCACGGAGGGGUUCCGGCGAUUAGGUGGUCUCCGGGCCAGCAAGGUCCUUGUCAGCCCCCUGCAGAGGCUGGGGAACAAGACGGAGAUCGCCCACAGUGUACUCUACCUGGCCAGCCCUUUGGCAUCCUACGUGACAGGGGCCUUGCUGGUGGUUGACGGUGGGACAUGGCUGACGUACCCUAAUGACAUCAAGUUGCUGUCGGAUUUUGCAUCUGCUAAGCUCUAGGAGCUGGACAGCUGAGGCAAAGAAGUUAUUCUGAAGGGGAGGCUGGUUUGCAACCCACUCUUGGAUUCCUGAGACCUGCUUCUCACACAGCUGAGAACACCAACCACCCCAGCAGAGCAGCUGAAGAGAAACUGACCCCUCCUCUGGGAACUGUGUUGUAUCCAGCUUCCCCUCCCAUGGUCCCAUCUCCUGUGCAUGGGUGAGGGUGACCAAGCAGUGAGGCCAGCCUGCUGACCUGUCCACACCACACAGAUGUCUGCCAGGGGGUGGUUGGCAUUCCAGAACUCCUUUGCGAGUGGGGAUGUGGACCAGUUACUGGGGUAUGGCCUUCACCUCCUGUCCUAAGGUUAGGGGCUAUCCUUACCUGCCUAGUCCCAGCCUGGGCUGGCCUCCUGCCUGUGUCCAGUGGAUGCCCCAAUGUUUGAUGUCCUCAAAGAUGUAGGUCAGCCCUCUGGCUAGGCACACACGGUUCCACCCAUCCUUGUUCGUGCCACCCAUUUGUAUAAACACAGAUCCUAGAGCUUUGCCAGAAAAUGCAUUUCCUUAAAGAAUAAUUGUUUUACUGUAAAAACAUCUAUUCAUUGGACUUCACAAAAAUUUUUAGAAGGAAAAAGAAAAUACUUGGAAAGAAUCA